AUGGCUCGCUUUGCAGAUCUCCCCAACACAGUCCUGUCGCACAUUUACAAGUUCUGCCACCACCCACUAAACUUGAGCCAGACCAACAAGAACCUCAACCAAUGCUCCAAGCUACCGUCAACCCGCGUCUUGUGGCUGCUGCAUCACAAAGAGAUGCUCAUGAAGUGGGCCACUGAGCAAGAUUCGAAGAAAGUAACGAGCUACACCCAGUGGGUCGACCGCCACGAAGAUCGACAAGCCAGAGAGUAUGGCUCCUUUCCCGAUAAACUCAUCUCUGCCGACGUCUGCCUGGUUCUGAUCAAGGUUCUGACAAAGUACAAGGGUCCGGACCACAAGCUUCUCAUCCAAACAGCAUGGUUCCGCAUCUGCCAGGAGCGACGGAUGAAGCUCUCUUCGGAGCUGUUCUUCUCGCUUCAGUCGCGGCUCUACGACUACUUUGACGAGUCCUCGUGGAAAAUAUGGGUCUACAUGCUCAUUUCGGCUUCUACGGUCGCCCAUGAGAACACCCAGGUGGCCGACUAUGGGCUGCGCUGUCUCGAAAAGCUCGUGAAGAGCCAUCGCACCUUUGUUUUUGAAAAUGUGCCUGAUGCGCCGCACUUGGCAGUCCAGCUCAACAACCUCGAUGUCCUCGACUUCCUCUUCAAGGACGGCGGCUACUUCACCGAGAUGCUCUACGACAUUCUGCAAGUCGCAGUCGCGAACGAUAUGUGGGAGAUAUCCAACUACCUCAUCGCCAAGAUAGGCUUCACCGAGGAGAAGGCGUCGCUUAUUAAGAUGUACAACGACAUUUCCAUCAUCAGCAAGAACGUCGCCAAGGGCAACCUCGACAUAGUCCGGCAGAUCGUCGAUCGCUGGAAACAAGAGUGCAAUCCCGGCACCUUCAACGUGCGAUGGCGCAUCUGCAUCGAAAGUGCCUGCGAAAAGGGCGAUCUGGUCCUGGCCCAGGUGAUGUUUGGCCUCCGACCAGAGGACAGCGACGAGUUCCAAGUCACGGCGCGCAUGCUUGCUUUGGCGGUGGUUGCCAAGAACGACGACUUGGUCGAAUUCAUCCUGGAACAAGCCCCGCGAACCAUCGACCACCCCGACACUCGCCAAUCCGUGUCUUCGCUGGUCGCCGCCCCGGAGGAGCCGCUUUUGCUCAACCUUCCCACCGAUCCCGUCAUUCGACGAAGCGAGCUGCUUUCGCGCUACUGCUCGACCUCAGACGAGCACCUUGGCAGGGAGCUUGGCACCACCUUCGCGGGCAUCCAAAGCACCAACAAUGCCCAGCUGCAUCGCUAUCAGGUCGUCAAGUACCUCUUGAAUCCGCCCAACGCGACCAACCCUGGAUUCAAGCCGCUGCACCUCGAGCCACAGAUCGCCGAAGACUGUGUUUGGUCGGCCAUCAACCUGCGUGCCUACGAUGUCGCAUCUCUGAUCCGAGAGUCGGGUGUUGAGCUCGGCUGGAUGGAAAAGCAGAAUAACGAGGAUCUGGAAGCCAUGACCCUCGAGCUGGCAAGCCGAUCCGAGAAGGACCGCGCAAUCAUCACCCCGAUCGCCGUUGCACUCUUUGCCUGCCUCGGCGGUUCGUGGGACGGUUCCGAGCUCGCCGUGGAAGGGAGAGUCAAGGACCCGCUCAGCAACGGCAAUUGGCUCCAGGCCAACCUGCCCACUCCCGUGCUGCGCCCCUCGCCUCGGCCCAGCUUCCAGCGUCCUGUGGUCUCCAGAAAGCUUCGUACCGAGCUCGAGUCCAGCGAGCCGGUCCAUGGCGCUGUUCGCAACAUCAUCGACCCCGCCGACCCAUUCUGGACGGCAUUUCUGUCGGGAGCCUCUGAGGAGCUUGCGGAUCUCGAGUCGAAGCUUGGCACCCUCAACUUUGGGUGGAUGGAGCCUGCUCGUGAGACCGCACCACUCGGGACUGACGCUUCCGAGGAAACCCCGGCCGAGUGCUGGCAGGCCAACUUUGGUGGCCAAGACCCACCCGAGUCUGAGAUGGGCGUGUUUGUGGCCCUUGGUGGCAUGCACAGGCCCGAAAUAUGCUUGGUAACACUGUUUAUUGAGCUCUCUACUCAGCUUUCUUUGGAAGUAUACCAUGAGCGUGCAUUUGACGAGCGGAGAUGCUGGGUGCGCAAGAGGAUAGCACAGCAAGGGUCGACCUACGCCUGAUUCACUGAAGAGCAGGCUUGGCUUGAAUGCAAGUAGUAUUUGACGUGGGAAUGGAGCAGCACCGAUAGCAUGGAAAUGGCGCUCUGCGACUGCGAACCGGGCGAAGCGCAUGGAGUAGCACUGUCGUGGAGAUAUCGGGUUGCGAAUCCACGCGAUCGAUUGCUGG